UAGCUAAACUGGUUAGACUUGUUUCCUAGCCGCGACAUGUGAUUCUAUGGGGGAUCGGCGCCGAAAUACUACCAACACCUCCUUUCCCUUUGUGGCUCCCAGAAAUAGUCGUCCGAUGCAAGCAUGGAGUCUGUCACCGUCCGAGGCGUUGUCACAAUCACGCUACUUGCUGCUGUGAUCAGUCUACUGCUGAAGGAAUGGCGCCAACGGCAAGACGCGACCGCGGCCGCGAGACCACCGUGCCUGCGUCCCCAGCCGGGCGGGCUGGACCUCACCGGAGGCCCGUACACACACGGGGCGGUCGCCGCUGACGCACUGGAGUGUUCUACCAUAGGCAGGGACAUUCUAAAGAAGGGCGGUUCGGCUGUGGAUAGCGCCAUCGCGGCGUUAGCCUGUGUGGAGCUGGUACACGGCCACAGCGCGGGGAUCGGCGGGGGUUUAAUCAUGACAAUAUACAACAAAGAGACAGGCACGGCCCAGGUCAUCAACGCACGUGGAAAUGCCCCAUCCAGAGCCUCCACACACAUGUUUGGAAGUAACAACAUCAGUGCAUCUUUUGGCGGGCUGGCUGUGGCCGUACCGGGCCAGGUCCGGGGGUUCUGGGAGGCGCACCAGCGGCACGGGAAGUUACCGUGGAAGGACCUGUUCCAACCGGCUAUACAGAUGGCUGAACAGGGCUUCUGUAUCGGCCGGCCGUUGAACAAGGCCAUCAGUAAGAACCUAGAGUUCAUCAGUGAUCCAAAGAACCACUUGUGUGACGUGUUGUGCGACGAGAACAACAACGUCCUGGGUGUGAACAUGACGAUGAGGCGGCCCAGGCUUGCAGAAACGCUCCGUGCGAUUGCCGAUGGAGGUGCAGACGCCUUCUACACCGGCCCGAUCGCCAGGAACCUGGCAAAGGACAUACAGGACGCAGGGGGCAUCAUCACUGAGCAAGACCUCCGUGACUAUCAGGUGGAAGUUUCGGACCCGCUGAAGAUUUCCCUAGAGGGUGGACUGACGGUGCUAUCCCCGCCUCCACCGGGAGGGGGCGCUGUUUUAAGUCUCAUGCUCAACAUCUGGGACGGUUACGGUCUGAACGCCUCCAGUGUGGACGGGGUUGAUAACCAGGUCCUGACGUACCACAGGAUGCUCGAGGCCUUCAAGUUCACAUUCGCCAGAAAAACGGAGCUGGGCGAUCCCAACUUUGUUGACGUGAAGGAGGUAGUGAAGAAGAUGACGUCAAAGUCGUUCGCCGACUCCCUGAGGCAGCGGAUCAGCGACACGGAGACGCACGACUGGCGGUACUACGACCCGGUGUACUACGUGCCUCAGGACGGCGGGACCACCCACGUGUCGGUCCUGGCGCCGGGCGGAGACGCCGUGUCCGUCUCAAGCACCAUCAACAGAUACUUUGGUGCCGCGUUUCGCUCCGCAUCUACAGGAGUCAUUCUGAACAACCUGAUGAGGGACUUCAACUUUCCGGGAAUGAAAAUACCCUAUUACCUUCCUGGAUGUGCAGCGAACUUCAUCGAACCAGGCAAGCGGCCGCUGUCGUCCAUGUCUCCCUUCAUCGUGCUGAACAGCACCGGUGACGUCAGGCUGGUGAUGGGGGCAGCCGGAGGGAAUAAAGUGGAGACGGCCUUAACAUUUGCGGCAAUGCAUUACCUCCGCUUCGGCACGAGCCUGGCGUCAGCGAUAGAGCUGCCCCGUCUGCACCACGCCCUGAUGCCUCACAAGUUCUACACUGAGGGGGAAAGGCCAUUCGAACCAAAGGAAGUCGUUGAUCGCCUGUCAGAGAUGCACAAGACGAGGAACUCCAACACCAUAGCCGUGCUGCAGGCCGUCAUACAGGAGGGUACUGCGAUAUUCGCACACUCAGAUUCAAGGAAGGACGGACACGCAGCAGGCUUCUGAUUGAAAGUAAUAAAACCAGAAACUUUCGAUCUAGAAAAAGUCAUGAAUAAAAUUCAGAAUUACGAAGGCUCUUGUCAAACUGUGCACCUGUAUAGCCGGUAUAACCGCCCUUCGGCGUUACACACCAGCUUUGCAGGCACUUGGCGUAAUUAACCCUUGAACGCCUAACUCUAAACACUGUUUAAAGCUAUUUAAUGAUACACCUACUGUACUUGGUGACAGCGAGUUCCACUCUGCGAUAGUUCUAGGAUGAAUUUUCGAACACCCCAAUCCUUGCUUGAUAACUCUAAUACUUGAAGGCAUUGCCCAUUUCUUGUUUUUUACUGUGGAAAUUUGCUAUUCUAUCAUUCAUUCACCAACCUGAUGAAAAUGUGUAGUAGGGUUCAAAUAAUUAAAAUGAUAGGCGGAAAUGUAACAGAAUAAUUUGAAUGCUUUAUUGUUUAAGUCAUUUUAUUGUUCUUCGUGGGACUUUGGAGUUAACAAACAAGCGUGCAUACAUUGAUCGGAAUUUGAAAGUUGAUUAUCCUAACCUAAUAGUUUCAAGUUAAAAUGGAUUUGCAGGUGCCUAAAAUUACUGUUCAGUGGCCCGAGUACAAGAUGAUACUUCACCAGUUUAUAUAAAACCUCUGAAUCAUCUUUACCAUAUUUUAAUGCACACAAGGAAUAACAUCUGAGCUCAGUUUGCUGAUGUCCAAAAAGAUAGACUAAGUUCAUAGUUAUAUAAUUAUACCUCAUGUGAAAGAUGUGUUUCCAAAGAUGCUGACCCCCUGACAUAUGCUUUUAUCUACCGGUCUGUGCAAUUACUACACUAAUGAUCCCUCAUCAGUGGGAACCCACUGCAGGCUGUUUUUGUAUAGACAACAAAACUGAAGGAAAGUGAGCACAAAAUGGUGGACCAGCGUCUUUUGUGCAUUGCUGCUAUGUUAAUUAUUGUCCAGGGGCCGGGGUGCCAUUUGGUAUUUCAGCAUGAUUUUUAAAACCUCAUCUUUAUACCAUAUUUUAUUGCAAUGUUGAAGGGAUCAUGACCUCUGUUUGUUGAUGCUUAAUUAAACAGACCAAGGUUAUAAUUAUAUAAUACCUCAUGUGAAAUAUGAAGCUGAUCCCAUGACAUGUGUUUUUUGUGAAGAACC